AUUUGGUCAUUGUUUGUUUCUCUUGAAGUUCUUUUCCCUCUCUUUCCUCGGUCCUUCAUUCUAAUUUGCCUCUGUUUUUUUUUCCUUCUCGGUCUUUCUUUUCAGCUGGUUUAUCUUUGUCUUCGUUUCUGCUAUAAUUGCAUCCGAAUUAUCUCGCUGUAGCUCGACUCCUUCGUUUUUGACGGGGGUUGGCGAGUGAAGGUCGAGGAAGGUCUACUGUAAUUUAUGUACGAUUUUGAGGAACUGCCUUUGAUCUUUGUGAGCGGCUUUUUGGUUUUUCUGUGAUCGAGGAGCUUUGAUGUCCACACCUUGUGGAGGAGAGUGAUAUAACGACCGGGAUUUUAGGUUAGGCGGCAGCUCGUGGUCGAUGGAAGUGGUUUUUUCACAAUGUCUCGUGUAUAUGUUGGAAACCUGGACCCGCGAGCUUCUGAGCGUGAUUUGGAAGAUGAAUUUCGAGCAUAUGGUGUGUUGAGAAGUAUUUGGGUUGCUCGAAGACCUCCUGGCUAUGCGUUUGUUGAGUUUGAUGACCAUAGGGAUGCAUUGGAUGCUAUCCGUGCCUUGGAUGGAAAAAAUGGUUGGCGUGUUGAGCUCUCACACAAUUCCAAGGGCGGUGGAGGUGGACGUGGUGGUGGUGGACGUGGUCGUGGCCGAGGUGGAGAUGACAUGAAAUGCUAUGAGUGUGGGGAGCCUGGACAUUUUGCUCGAGAAUGCAGGUUGCGUGUUGGUUCUGGUGGAGUGGGGAGUGGUCGGCGUCGGAGUCCUAGUCCACGAUAUCGCCGUAGCCCAAGUUAUGGACGCAGGAGUUAUAGCCCACGUGGGAAACGUUCUCCACGCAACAGGAGUUUAUCACCUCGUCCCCACCGUAGCGACAGUAGGUCACCAGAUUAUCGCCGAACCCGUGAAGACUCACCUUAUGCAAAUGGGGAUCAGCGCCGCAGUAGGAGCUGAGGAUAACUGGGCUGCAAAAUGGUCAAGAAGUUAAGUGUGUUCCAUUGAUGGGUUUGAAGGAUGGAAAGUUUUGGUCGGAAAUACUUUGCUUAUAUUGUCUGCUCGAUUGAACAUUGGGAGCUAAAUUAUGCUUGGAUGUGAUUAGUUACUGGCUUCUUCAAACUGCUUUGCUGGUAUUGACACUUUGCAUUGAACAUUGGGAGCUAAAUUACAAUGUGAUUACUUACUGGCUUCUGCAAACUGCUUUGCUGGUAAUGAUGCUUUCAAACUCCUUGUUGGUGAGGAGAGGCUUGGCUGCUAACAUUUGAAUAGGUUAUGUUUCUCACUUAACUGCCUUCUUUACAUUUAUAGCUUUUCCUAAUCUUCAUGUUGCAUGGUAAGUCUAUUGAUAAUUUAGUCAUUAGGGUUAGGACUUUGUGAGAAAUUAACUCAGAUUUGCAACUUUCUGUUGUUCUGAGGUGUGGCUUUGGAUAAUCGACAUCGUCUGGAACCUCUACUCUCUUACACGGAUUUCUGCUACUGCUUCUCAUCGUCUACUACCCAUUGUUUCUUCUGGUUUUCUGGCCUGUCACUCAUCGACAUGACCAGAGCUCGGUUUCUGGGUGACUUCAUCUAACUAGAUGUCCAACCUUUUGGCAAAGAAAUUUUAAUUUCUUUUGCGCUUACCCAGUGACUUAGCGAUGCAGUUCUACUGAUUUGAGAAUAUGAAGGCUGCUUUGCAUCUGCCUCCGUCCUGUCUUUCUCUUCUAGUGGAUGUACAUCGUGGCUACUCGAGCGUCUGCCUUUGGCAUUUCAAGCAUCAGCUUUUCUUGUCUCCCUGCUGUAGCGGAUCUCCGUUUACAUCAUGGAACAAUUCCGGCUUGUGCUGCUUUGGGCUACAAUUUUCUGCAGGAAGGAACACGUUGGCUUUGUUGAUGACCCUGAAGAUUUAUUUUCUUCCUCUGUCAUGUGGUCGCCGUAGAUAGGAACAGUGCUUACCUUCGGCAUUCAAAUAUUUCUAUAUGGGACCUCGGCUUCUGCUUGCUUAUAGGAUUUCUGUGGCCCUUCUUCCUAGCUCCUCGAAGUCUCUCCCUUCCUCGUACUUCGCAUAAACGAAAAAGGUGGCCGUCCGUUUUCUCCGGCUUCAACUAAAGUAUCAGAUGUACUGAAAUUUGGGCGUAGAUCUGAAGUUGCUGAUGUCUUAGAGUGUUGUAUAUCUUAUAUAAUAACAUUAUCCUCUGGAAUGCAAGAUUGAGGCUGCCUCAAUGUAGUCAAGUGUCAUUGUGCUAAAUCAUGGCAAUAUUAUAUGUGCCUGGUGACGUCCAUUAAGUUUAUUUUUCAAUAAAUUUAACCUAAGUCGGCUUAUUUUCUA